AUGGCCGUGCAAUUGCUUAAUUAUGCACUGCCGGUGACGGAGGUCUGCUAUCCAGCGACUUGGCUGCCAAAUCAGCGGUUCGGGACGGUCGAACUUCGUUUUAACACUCCCUUGAGGACGCUAAAUAUCCGCAUGUCAGCGCUGGACCGUAACAGUAUUAGCGGGGGCGACGGCAAUAGCAGUAAGAAGGCGGCGACACCCAAUUUGAAUUACGUGGUUCCUCUGGACAAGUACUCCUGCAUAACUCGCCCCCUUGCCGAGAUCCUACGAGAUCUGAACAAGAGGAUCCCUGAUAAUAUCAUCAAGACUCAGGACAAUCAGUCCACCUUUAUUCCCUGGUACCAGGCUAACCGCAUGCUGAGUUUUUAUGCUCCAGGUUGGUGUGGAGAAAUACGCGAUGUUAUAUUCACUGACAACGGAAGUGUGACCGUUGUGUACCGUGUAACUGUGCGAGGUUUGGAUGGAGAGGCUCAUCGUGAAUCGACUGGAACAGUAUCACCUGGUGAUGGAGAUAUUACAGACCCCGUUGCUGCAGCAGAGGAAAUAGCAUUUUGCAGAGCAUGUGCUCGGUUUGGUCUUGGCUUGUAUCUUUAUCAUGAAGAUUAG